GCUGUGUCAGCUUUGGCCAAGGUCGCUACACACUCCACUGGUGGCCAAUCAGGAUGACACACAGACCCUCCAGACACAAUGGAAGGUUAUGCCACCCCAAAGGCUUCCUGGAUCCCCAGCCGUGAAAGAGAAGGGCUGAUCCCCGUCCUCCUCCAAGUUCCUGCUGCUUUGCACCUCAUUUUUCCCUCCUUCUCUCUCCUGCUUACUCCCCUCUCCCAACUGCACUAACCCCACCCGACUCCCACACCCACACCUGACCCUGCACCCCGUCAUCCUUUACCUUCAGGGUACUCGCGUCCCUCCCCACAGCAGCUCCAUCCCCAGUCUCUCUGGUUUUACUCCAGCCACACUAGCCGUCUUUCCUGCCGGCCCCUGCACUCCUCAUAGAGCUAUUCCUCACCCUCUGGCUGCACGCCGGGCCCCAUGGCUACAGGAGGUCAUGCCCCGGAGAUAGAUGUGUUGAUCAACCUACAACAGGUAAAGGUGGAGGAGGAGGAUGAGGAAGAAUCGGUCGAGGAACUGGAGGAAGAAGAGAAGGAGGAGAACUGGGAGAAAGCACUGUCGGUGGAGCGCUUUGGAGACAUCAUCAGUGACUCUGCUUCCAUCAGCGGAGACAGGAUGGGUCGACACUACACUGAGAAAGACUUUGAAAAUCACAGACACACAUUUCAUCAUACACACCAUCCGUUAUCAACCCACCUGCCCCUGCCCCAACGUUUACGCAAGAGGGUGCAUAGCACGGACAGACGUCGCAAAAAGAAGCGGAAGAAAAAAAAGACCUCCCUGCCACCAUCCGACGUCACACCCACCAUCCACGAGGUAGACGAGGAAGAGGCAGAGUCGGAGACAGAAGGACAAGGAGUGGCUGCCACACCCACAGAGCUACCUGAUAUCCAACCACAGUUUAGUUUGGGGAGCCAAGAAGACUUGGAGGAACCCCUACAACUCGCUACCUUCCACGCGGAAAACGAAGAACAUCCACUGUCGAGGAAAGCAGCACCUACUGUAACAAAGGGGGAGGCACCUAAUGGGGGAAUUGCUGUUCUUGGACAGAAUGAGGACGUGCAUGGAGAGGAAACAGCCUGCAACAGCGUUCCUCCAGGAUCAGAUCCCUCGAAUUCCACCACGACCCGCGGCUGGUUCCGUAGGAAGCCCGUCCACCAUCGUCUGGCGAGCGCCCAGCGGAGCAACUAUGACCUGCGGGAGCGGAUCUGCAUCGGCAGCAUGACUGCUCUGGAGACAGCUGUCUACCAGCAGGUGCCCACUGAUGAAGCUGAGGCCCAGAUGUUGGCCAGCGCCGACCUGGAUGACAUGAAAAGUCACAGAUUUGAGGACAACCCCGGGGUGAGACGCCACCUUGUGAAGAAGUCAUCACGAUGUCAGGUGACCCGGACCAGCAACAGUUCCACACCGCUGAGCAGCCUGAAGAAGAAGAAGAGAGCAGCAGAUAAGAAAACCCAUGAGUUGUUUGUGGAGCUGAACGAGCUGAUUGUGAAGGACCAUGAAAUGCGGUGGAAGGAGCGGGCCCGCUGGAUCAAGUUUGAGGAGGAUGUGGAGGAGGAGACAGACCGUUGGGGCAAACCUCAUGUGGCCUCGCUGUCUUUCCGCAGCUUGCUGGAGCUUCGCCGCACCAUCACACACGGUGCCAUCCUUCUGGACCUGGAGCAGAACUCUCUGCCUGGCAUCGCCCAUCUGGUGGUGGAGACGAUGAUCAUCUCUGAUCAGAUCAGAGCUGAGGACAGACCCAGUGUUCUCCGGGCUCUGCUUCUCAAACACAGCCAUCCGAGUGAUCUGAAACAUCGUUUUCACCGCCACCACUCAUCCAGCAGUCUUCACGGCAGCUUCAAUCACAACAACGUCCAGGACACCAACCUGCCACUGGUGGCCGAGGAGCAGGAGGAGCACCCGGACAACAAAGGGCCAGUGUACGACCCAAAGCAAGACGUGUUUGUCAGCCUGUUUAAAUCUCUCCACCCUCUGCCUCCUGAGAGCCAUCCAGCUGCAGCCAGAUCGAUGAAACUCCUCGCCAAGAUUCCCAAAGAUGCUGAAGCUGUCAUUGUUUUAGUUGGCUGUGUGGAGUUUCUGGAGCAGCCAGCCAUGGCCUUUGUCAGGUUGAACGAGGCAGUCCUUCUGGAGUCAGUGCUGGAAGUCCCCGUCCCUGUCCGCUUUAUUUUUGUCCUGCUUGGUCCCAGUCAGGCCAAUGUGGACUAUCAUGAGAUCGGACGCUCCUUCUCCACUCUCAUGUCUGACAAGAACUUCCACGAGGUGGCCUAUUUUGCUGACGACAGACAGGACCUCCUGAAUGGUAUCAAUGAAUUCUUGGACUGCAGCAUUGUCAUUCCACCCUCAGACGUGGAGGGCAAAGACCUCCUGAAGACAGUGGCCGACUUCCAGAAGCAGAUGCUGCGCAAGAGGAAGGAGAGAGAGCUCAAGAGGCACCACUCCUCAUCUGGAAUGGAGCUCAACAACAAAGAAGUGAGUCCAGAGGAGGAGGAGGAGGGAGACCAGGAGGUGGACCCAUUAAAGCGCUCAGGGAUCCCUUUUGGAGGCCUGAUCCAUGACAUUCGCCGCCGCUACCCACAUUAUGUCAGCGACUUAAAAGAUGCCGUGGACAUGCAGUGCAUUGCCGCUGUCAUCUUCAUCUACUUUGCUGCACUGUCGCCCACUAUUACCUUCGGAGGCCUGCUGGGGAAAAAAACAGAGGGCAUGAUGGGAGUGACUGAGCUUAUUGUCUCAACUGCAACUCUUGGAGUUAUAUUCUCGCUGCUUGCUGGUCAGCCCCUCCUCAUCAUAGGCUUCUCAGGACCCCUGCUGGUGUUUGAAGAAGCCUACUACAAGUUCUGUCAGGCCCACAACUUUGAGUACCUGACGGGUCGUGUGUGGAUCGGUUUCUGGCUCAUCUUCAUUGUCCUGGUGAUUGUGGCAGCAGAAGGCAGCUUCCUCGUUCGCUACAUCUCACCCUUUACCCAGGAGAUUUUUGCUUUCCUCAUCUCCCUUAUCUUCAUCUAUGAGACUUUCUCUAAGCUCUUCAAGGUGUUUAAGGAACAUCCACUGAUGGCACUGUACCCCGGUGACUCCACCCCAGCUACUGGGCUCUCUGAAGCAGACGUCCUGAACCAGCCCAACACUGCUCUUCUGUCUCUGGUGCUCAUGAUGGGCACUUUCUUUGUUGCUUUUUUCCUCAGGAAAUUCCGAAAUAGUCGCUUUUUAGGUGGCAAGGCCAGAAGAAUCAUUGGUGACUUCGGCAUCCCCAUCUCAAUUUUAGUCUCUGUGUUAGUGGAUUACUCCAUUACUGACACCUACACACAGAAACUCAAUGUGCCGUCUGGAUUCUCAGUCACCUCCCCUGAAAAGAGAGGUUGGUUCAUCAGUCCCUUUGGUGACAAACAUCCCUUCCCCACGUGGAUGAUGGGAGCGUCUAUAGUACCUGCCAUUCUUGUCUUCAUCCUCAUUUUCAUGGAAACUCAGAUCACUUCGCUGAUAGUUAGCAAGAAGGAGCGUCGCCUGGUGAAAGGCUCCGGCUUCCACCUGGAUCUUCUGCUCAUCGUCACCCUGGGUGCCAUCUGUCCUCUUUUCGGCCUGCCAUGGCUCACUGCGGCCACUGUGCGAUCCGUCACUCAUGUCAACGCCCUCACCGUCAUGAGCAAAGCCACGGCGCCCGGCGAAAAGCCCAUGAUACAGGAGGUGAAGGAACAGAGGCUGACUGGGCUUCUUGUGGCUGUUCUUGUUGGUAUGUCCAUAGUGAUGACUGACGUGCUCCGCCUCAUCCCUCUGGCUGUGCUCUUUGGCAUCUUCCUGUACAUGGGGGUUACCUCUCUAACGGGCAUCCAGCUAUAUGAACGCAUCACACUCAUGGUCACGCCCGCCAAGCAUCACCCUGACCACAUCUACGUCACCAAGGUGAAGACAUGGCGUAUGAACAUGUUCACCAUCAUCCAGCUGGCCUGCAUCGUGGCUCUGUGGGUAGUCAAGUCUACAGUGGCCUCCCUGGCGUUCCCCUUCGUCCUCAUCAUGACAGUGCCGCUGCGCCGUCUCAUCCUCUCCAGAAUUUUCGAGGAACGUGAGCUCCAGGCGCUUGAUUGCGACGAGGAUUCUCCCAACUUUGACGAAGAUGGACGAGACGAGUACAAUGAGAUCCACAUGCUUGUAUAAAUCCAAACUGGACCCAGCCAGUAGGAAUUCCUCCACCCUCCAGUUUCGACCAAUCAGAGCAAAGCUCUUUGGAAACCUCUGGGUAGUGCUGACAAAGUGAGGGGAGCUACCCUAUGGGUUUCUGUAAAAUAUCCAAAAGCUAGAGCUGGAUGAUCUCUUCUUACCUUUGUUUAUUCCAGUUUUUGAAAAGAGCACACCUGAUGUUCAACCUCUGUGGUGGUGGUGGUGUUGUGCUUAACUCCCGAGGCCUGAAAAUAGCUCUACCUAAAAUGGACGAUGCAAAUCUAAAAAAAAACAAAACAAAAACAAAACAAAAAAAACAGUUACAUGAACGCUUUAUCCAACUUUUUAUCCUAUCUAUCCCUUUAAUUACUCUGCAGGUUCUGGGCAAAAGUGCAAUGAUGAUGGUGACCUCUAGGACUACAGUGGGUGGGAUCAGUUAGAUUUAUUUUUGUCCUGAAAGCGGGAAAUAGGGUCAGUUUGCUUUCAUUUCAUUCAGGAAGCAGAUUUUCAUCAAAAUUAAUAAUUGUUCUGGUGAACUGACCCUAAAUCUCAAAGCCCUGAAUUCCACUGCCUGUGUAGUUUAGCUGCCUUUUUUUCCUUUAUACUACUGCCAUGGCCUUUAGGUUGCAAUGAUGUGCAAACAAGGAGUUAAGUAGUCCUUUUCCUUUCUGUACAGACUUUUAGUAAUGAGCACUUUGACUGGGCAAAAGUUCACUUUUGUCGCUGCCAACCGAGCUCCCUGGCACAAAGCCUCCUCUCUAAAUGUAGUCUCCCCUUGAAGCCAAAAUUUCUACAGAGACUGUGCAAGCCUCUUCAAGGGGUGUUACUGUACUUUGUUAGGUGUUUGAUGCUCAACAUAGCAGUCCACCGACCCUGUUAUUGUGACCUUGGAUGUACAAGUAAAUAGCUAACAUGGUCUCAACCUUAUUUUUCUACUGUGUUGUAUCUGUUGAUUUUGUGAUCUUUGGACUUAAUGCCAUGCCAGACUCUCAGUGAUGUUUCAAUUGCUCAAAAUGCUGAAAACAGUUAGUGUAAAAUAAACAAGAGACAUUGUGUAGGUUGACACAUUCAGCCAUUAUUCACCCUUUCUUUCAUCUUCUUUGCAAUAUUUUCGCGGCGUGGUGCAUUUUUUUAGACAUGUCAUGAACACAAUAAUAACACUCGACUGGAAAAGCAUAGAAACUAAGCAAACACGCAAGUACUGAAAAUGCUGGGGAACACUUGAGUGUUGGCAGGAUGUAUGAAUGAUGCAUUGUACAGUAAGACUGUGAGCUUGGAAUUACAACGUACCAUCUGUGUGCAGAUUUGUUUUGCAGAGAUUUAGUUCUUACCUCCUAUAUUGCGAGCCCACUAUAGAUCUUAAUCACAACUUCAGUCAGAAACAUUAUUUC